CACCAGGCGGUGCCACCCUGGAUCUAUAACUGUGAACUCCCUACGGUGGAAAAUGGUAAACAAAGACAUGAAUGGAUUCCCAGUCAAGAAAUGCUCAGCCUUCCAAUUUUUUAAGAAGCGGGUACGAAGAUGGAUCAAGAGCCCAAUGGUCAGUGUGGACAAGCAUCAGAGUCCCAGCCUGAAGUACACAGGCCCUUCAGUCAUGCACAUCCCUCCAGGGGAGCCAGAUUUUGAGUCUGCCUUGUGUCCAACAUGCCUGGGAGACCAUGCUUUCCAAAGAGGUGUUCUCCCUCAGGAGAAGGAGUCAUGUUCAUGGGAAACUCAGUCCGGGUGUGAAGCGAAAGAGCCAUGUAAUCAUGCCAGCAUCCUGACCAAGCCUGACCCAAGAACCUUCUGGACUAAUGAUGAUUCAGCUUUCAUGAAACAGAGGAGGAUGGGCCUGAACGACUUUAUUCAGAAGAUUGCCAGUAACUCCUAUGCAUGCAAACACCCUGAAGUUCAGUCCAUUUUGAAAAUCUCCCAACCUCAGGAGCCUGAGCUUAUGAAUGCCAACCCUUCUCCUCCACCAAGCCCUUCUCAGCAAAUCAACCUUGGCCCAUCAUCCAAUCCUCACGCUAAACCAUCUGACUUUCACUUCUUGAAAGUGAUUGGAAAAGGCAGUUUUGGGAAGGUUCUUCUAGCAAGACACAAAGCAGAAGAAGUAUUCUAUGCAGUCAAAGUUUUACAGAAGAAAGCCAUCCUGAAAAAGAAGGAGGAGAAGCAUAUUAUGUCGGAACGGAAUGUUCUGCUGAAGAAUGUGAAACACCCUUUCCUGGUGGGCCUCCACUUCUCUUUUCAGACUGCUGACAAAUUGUACUUUGUCCUUGACUACAUCAACGGUGGAGAGCUGUUCUACCAUCUCCAGAGGGAACGUUGCUUCCUGGAACCACGGGCUCGCUUCUAUGCUGCUGAAAUAGCCAGUGCCUUGGGUUACCUGCACUCUCUGAACAUCGUUUAUAGAGACUUAAAACCAGAGAAUAUUCUGCUGGAUUCACAGGGACACAUUGUCCUUACUGACUUUGGGCUCUGCAAGGAGAACAUCGAACACAAUGGCACGACAUCCACCUUCUGUGGCACGCCCGAGUAUCUCGCACCUGAGGUGCUCCACAAGCAACCUUAUGACAGGACAGUGGACUGGUGGUGCCUGGGGGCCGUCUUAUAUGAGAUGCUAUAUGGCCUGCCUCCUUUCUACAGCCGCAACACAGCUGAGAUGUACGACAACAUUCUGAACAAGCCCCUCCAGCUGAAGCCAAAUAUUACCAACUCUGCCAGACACCUCCUGGAGGGCCUCCUGCAAAAGGACAGGACAAAGAGGCUGGGCGCCAAGGACGACUUUAUGGAGAUUAAGAGUCAUGUCUUCUUCUCCCUAAUUAACUGGGAUGAUCUCAUUAACAAGAAGAUUACGCCCCCUUUUAACCCAAAUGUGAGUGGACCUAGCGACUUGCGGCACUUCGAUCCUGAGUUCACCGAAGAGCCAGUCCCCAACUCCAUCGGCAGGUCUCCCGACAGCAUCCUUCUCACAGCCAGCGUUCAGGAGGCGGCCGAGGCCUUCCUGGGCUUCUCCUACGCCCCUCCCAUGGACUCCUUCCUCUGAACAGUCCUCGAGGUUGGUCUUGAAGGAUUUUAUGUGUGUCCGUAAGCGUUUUUAGUUAGCCUCGUGGCGGAGCUGCCGGCUGACAGGACAUCUUACAAGAGAAUUUGCACAUCUCUGGAAGCUUGCACAUCUUGGCAAUCUUAUUGCACACUGUUUGCUGGAAGCUUUUUGAAGAGCACACCCUCCUCUCAGUGAGCUCAUGAGGUUUUCAUUUUUAUUCUUCCUUCCAACAUGGUGCUAUCUCUGAGCAUUGCGUGCCGCCUUGGACAGAUGGCAGUAGUCUUAGUGGGUGACGCGGUUCUGAGAAGGGUUUUCGGAAGGGUCCGUCUGGGCCGUGAUAACGAAUCUUACGAAAUGUGCCUUUUCCGAUGAGAUCGUGUUAGCUCCAAAGCUUUUCCUUUUGCAGAGUGUUUCAGUUCUUUAUUUUUCCUUGUGGAUUUCCUGUGUGAACAGUGGUAUGAGUGUGGUAUGCUUGAUCCCAGACGGAUUUCGUUCUAAGCCUCAAUGUGACACUUGCAGGACACUACAAUGUGGGACAUUGUUCGUUUCUUCCAUAUUUGGAAGAUAAAUUUACGUGUAGACCGUUUGUUUUUUUUGUUGUUUUUUUUUU